AUGCGGUUCCAGAACGCCGAUCCCGCCUCGUUUGAGCGCCGGAGGAAGAAGAGAGGCCAGCAGCACCAGCAGGAGAAGGACGACGCCGCGGCGUCGACAGGCUCGGGGACCCUGCAGAUAAUAGAAUUCACCCCGGAUUCGUGGACGACGGCGUCGUCAUCGUCGUCCCCUGCGUCGAGCCGGCAGCCGAGCCGGCAGUCCACUCCCGCCACAACCAUCACCGUGACCACAACGACCAGCACAACCCCCAGCAGCACCACCACCGUCUCGAAGCAGCGGCUGCCCGUGCUCAAGACCCUCCGCCAACACUGGACCGCCGAGUCGGUACCGCUCGUGCUGGGGUUCUACCAGAGCCUCGACUUCCUCCCGGGGCUGUUCCGGGGUGUCGGCCACGACCACUGCCUCGUCCUCACUGGCCAAGUCUUCACCAGGGCCUACAUGAUCAACCGGUUCCGUCCGAGGGCCGACUACCGCGAGCUGUCCAUCGUUCUCGGCCACGCCCUCGCCUCGGUCCAGGAAGCCAUCGCGAGCCCCAAGACGUAUACUUCAGACUCGACCAUUGUUGCCGUGUGGCUGUUGGGGAACUACGAGCUGAUGAUUGGCGGGUUGGAACGGAGAUCCUUCAUAACCGCUAAAGAAAGGGGUUCGUCGCCCGAGGUUCCCUGGCACAUCCACGGCCAGGGCCUCCUCAGCCUCAUGCGCGCUAGGGGAGACCGGCAGCUCUACAAUGCGUCCGGCCGCCAAAUCUUUUGGGUCAUGCACAACAUGAUUCAAGUCCAACUCACAAUAGCAAACACGCCCUGCCCCCCCGAUUUCGAACGCUGGCUCGACAUUAUCGAGAGCACCCUCCAACCGGGCGAGGGGCUCCUCCUCCAGACGGGGCGCUACCUCUCGGCGGCGUGCUCCCUGCUGUCGAAGCUGAUCCCCCUGACCAUCAGCGGCGACGCGGAGCGCGCGCGCGCGGCGUACCCGGCCCUCGUUGCCGAGUGCGACCGCGCCGACCUCGCCAUGGCGGAGUGGAUGCGCGCGGCGCCCGAGUACCAGAUUGAGCCGGGGCCGGUGUGGGGCUACUUUUGGAACUCGUGGCGGAGCGCGCGGAUCAAAGUGCACCACAUGAUGAUUCUCAUUUCCAACCUCGUCGAGUAUGGUGAGCCGCCGCUGGUGCCGGCCGAUUAUGCAGUAGGUGGUGGUGGUGGUGGUGAUGGUGGUGGUGGGUGCCCGUUGCUGAACCCAGAGGUGCUCCGCGCGCGCCGGGAAUCCUGCAUGGCCAUCAUCGCGGCGGCGGGGCGGGACGUGGCGGAAGGGAUACCGCGGUCGCUGGGCGGCAAGAUGCCGGACAUGGAUCCGGACUCGCCGGCGGCAUACUUUGACGCGGUGCGGCUGAUUUGGCCGCUGAGCCACCUCUACGUCAUCCCGACGGCGCCGCGGCACCUGCGGAUCGCGGCAAGGGAGGCGCUGGUACGGAUCGCAAAGGAGAAGGGGAUCCUGACGGCGCUGAAGCCGCGGGCGGGCGGGGUGCUGUUCCCGGCUGCGGCGUUGAGGGGGAUUCCGGUGGAUGAUUUGGGGGAGGGCGAGGUGGUGGAGGAGGAGGAGAAUCGGGCGAGGUUGGAUGGGAUCGUGACCAAGGUGGAGGCGACGGAUUAA